GAAUUUUCCGGGAAAAUACUUUUUUUCUUUCAAGAAAAUCUUUUCGCAAAAAUUAAAAUUUCGCCGAAUCCACUUUUUAGCACAAAAAAAAUAAAAAAAAUAAAAACAAACAUAAAAACCGACGACUUUUCGAAUCAUGAUGAUUAUUGCAAUUGAUUUUUGUUUUGUUCAUGUUCAUGUUCAUGAAUUGUGCUUGCGCUAGGGUUUCGUAAUUUUCCUUUAAUUGAGAAAUUUGCCUUCAAAGUUUUAAUCUUUUUCCGUUUUUGAGUAUUGGGUCGUUGAUCGAAAUCGAAUUUAAGGUGUUUGAAGAAAGUUCAAAGAGAAAGGGGAAAAAAAUGAUGGCUGUUUCUUCUUCUUCAGCUAGUGUCGCAGUAGAUAAAGCAACUAGCGAUCUUCUUAUGGGUCCUGAUUGGACCAUGAACAUCGAAAUUUGUGAUUCAAUCAAUUCUAAUCAUUGGCAGCCAAAAGAUGUGGUAAAAGCUGUGAAGAAGAGAAUACAGCAUAGGAGCUCUAAAGUUCAAAUACUAGCUCUCACGCUUCUGGAGACAAUGGUGAAGAAUUGUGGUGAUUACGUGCACUUUCAAAUUGCUGAGAGGAAUGUAUUGGAGGAGAUGAUAAAGAUCGUUAGGAAGAAGGCAGACAUGCAAGUGAGGGAUAAAAUUUUAGUACUGCUCGACUCGUGGCAAGAGGCAUUUGGGGGUGCUGGUGGAAAAUAUCCUCAGUACUAUUGGGCGUACGAGGAAUUAAAGCGGUCUGGAGUUUCUUUUCCGAAGCGUUCACCGGAUGCAGCUCCAAUAUUUACUCCACCUCCUACUCAUCCAUCUUCAUCUUCAAGAAAUAUGCAUCCUGGAUUUGGGAUGCCAAGUAAUUCUUCCAAAACACUUGAUGAAACAAUGGCAACAGAGAUAGAAAGUUUGAGUAUGUCAAGCUUGGAAUCCAUGCGGCAUGUGUUGGACCUUUUGAGUGACAUGCUACAAGCUGUAAAUCCUAAUGACCGUGCGGCUGUGAAAGAUGAAGUAAUUGUUGAUCUUGUUGAUCGAUGUCGCACCAACCAGAAAAAAUUGAUGCAGAUGCUGACAACAACUGGGGAUGAGGAACUUCUUGGGCGGGGCCUUGAACUGAAUGAUAGUAUUCAAAGUUUGCUUGCGAGGCAUGAUGCAAUAGCUUCUGGAGCUUCUUUUCCAAGUCAUGGUGCAAGUUCAAGCACUAUAUCAUCUGAAGGUCAAUCAAGUGUCAAUCAAAAUGAAGUGAAGAGCCCCAGCCCGGCUGAAUCUUCAACACCAAAAGCUAGCCCUCUUGCUGCAGUUUAUUCUGAGCCAAGGGGAGAGAGUGAUGAAGAGGAAGAAGAUGAAUUUGCACAGCUUGCUCGAAGGCAUUCUAAGACACAAUCAGUGGCUUCUAAAGAUGCUACAAUUGGUUCUAGUGAAAAUUCAGGGUCAAUGAACACCAACAGCACGACUCCAAAUGUUCCAGAGACCUCAACUUCUAUCCCAUCCUUGGCAUUAGCUCUUCCCGACCCGCCGGCACCUAUUAGUACUACAUCAAAAGAUCAGGACAUCAUUGACUUACUGAGUAUCACUUUGUCCCUGGCACCAUCUUCUCCACCGCCAACAACAUAUGCUCCAUCAUCAGCUCCUACCCAAGGCGGCAUGCAUCAGAUACCUGUUCCAUCCAGUGCAGACAGUUAUUCUUAUUCUCCCCAAUCAUAUCCUGGAAAUUCGCCAUUCAACAGUUACGUAGCUCCUUGGGCUCAACCUCAAUCUAAGUCAGAGUUUCAAACCCAGCCUCCACAACAGAUGUAUCAAUCCCGAUCCCAACCCACAACCCCGCUCUCAUCUCAACAAUUGCAUGCACAUUAUCAAUCCGAGCAACAGAUGCAUCAAUCCCGAUCCCAACCCAACACCCCGCCCUCAUCUCAACAAUUGCAUGCACAUUAUCAAUCCGAGCAACAAAUGUAUCAAUCCCGAUCCCAACCCAACACCCCACCCUCAUCUCAACAAUUGCAUGCACAUUAUCAACAUAACCAACAACCCCAAUCUGAACUAGCUCAAUCACAGCUGCAGAAUCAACACUUCCAAUAUAGGCCUCACCAACAUAAUGAACCCCAACCAUCACAAUAUCAGCCUCAACAGCGUCCACAUUUACAGCCUCAACCACAACCGCAGUUGCAAAUACAGUCUCCGCAUCAGCCUCAACCCCAACCACCGAUGCAAUUACAGUCUCAGCAAUCUCAACCGCAGCCACAAUAUCAGAACCAACAUGCUCAAUACCCUGCAAGAUAUCCUCCACCACCAUGGGCUGCUACACCUGGAUAUGCCAACUAUCAAAGCCAUUUAUCGGCUCAAAAUGCUAUUUCAACCUCUCAAGGCAACAGCGCAACAGCAUCAUAUCCUCUUGCUGCACAAGGGGUUAGGCCCUUGCAACAUCAGCAUUCACUCCCUUCACAAGCAGUUGAUCCGAGGGCGGUAAAUUCUGGACAAAGACCCUUCAUUCCCUCUUACAGGUUAUUUGAAGAUUUGAAUGUAUUUGGAAACACAGAUGGAAGGGUAAGUGGUACAUCAUCCAACGUGUCGGGGGCAAUGGGACCCGGUAUGGUCGGGGGAGGACGUAAGUGAAGUUUUUAGUUUUAUAUUCAUCUAAUGUAAAGAAAAAAGUGAUGUGCUGUAUAUCAACAGUAUUGUUAGAUUCUUCACAUUUGCUGAUUAUCUAAGUUGUUUAGAUUGAUGGAAGUCAUUAGUUUUGAGUGCUACCUAACCUCAGAUAUGACAGACAUGGAACAUUCUUUGAUAUAAGAUUUUAGUUUCUGGCA